GCUGGGCUCCGCGGGGCUCGGGAGCCGGCCCCGGCGAGAAGGCGCGGAGCCAUGGCCGAUGGGGGCGAGGGCGAGGACGAGAUCCAGUUCCUUCGAACUGAUGAUGAAGUGGUUCUGCAGUGUACCGCCACCAUCCACAAAGAACAACAGAAACUAUGUUUGGCAGCAGAAGGAUUUGGCAACAGACUUUGUUUCUUGGAGUCCACUUCGAAUUCCAAGAAUGUCCCCCCAGACCUCUCCAUCUGCACCUUUGUGCUGGAACAGUCCCUCUCCGUCCGGGCCCUGCAGGAGAUGCUGGCUAACACAGUGGAGAAGUCAGAAGGGAAAUUCAUGAUGAAGACUGCUCAGGGUGGUAGUCAUCGAACACUCCUCUAUGGACAUGCCAUAUUGCUACGCCAUUCCUACAGUGGCAUGUAUCUGUGCUGCCUGUCCACGUCCCGGUCUUCUACUGAUAAAUUGGCUUUUGAUGCUGGCUUACAAGAGGACACAACAGGUGAGGCAUGUUGGUGGACCAUACAUCCUGCCUCCAAGCAGCGAUCAGAAGGAGAAAAAGUGCGAGUUGGAGAUGACCUCAUCUUAGUUAGCGUGUCCUCUGAAAGGUACUUGCACUUGUCCUAUGGCAACGGCAACUUACACGUGGAUGCUGCCUUCCAGCAGACUCUCUGGAGCGUGGCCCCCAUCAGCUCCGGAAGUGAAGCAGCCCAAGGGUAUCUGAUUGGUGGUGACGUCCUCAGGUUGCUGCACGGACACAUGGACGAAUGCCUCACUGUCCCCUCAGGAGAACAUGGUGAAGAGCAGCGGAGAACUGUUCAUUAUGAAGGUGGUGCUGUAUCUGUUCAUGCACGUUCCCUGUGGAGACUAGAGACACUAAGAGUUGCGUGGAGUGGAAGCCACAUAAGAUGGGGCCAGCCCUUCCGACUACGCCACGUCACAACAGGAAAGUACUUGAGUCUCAUGGAAGACAAAAGCCUUCUGCUCAUGGACAAAGAAAAAGCUGAUGUAAAAUCAACAGCAUUUACCUUCCGAUCUUCCAAGGAAAAAUUGGACGUAGGGGUGAGAAAAGAAGUCGAUGGCAUGGGAACAUCUGAAAUAAAGUAUGGAGACUCAGUAUGCUACAUACAACAUGUAAAUACAGGCCUGUGGCUAACUUACCAGUCUGUGGAUGUGAAAUCUGUGAGAAUGGGAUCCAUACAACGUAAGGCUAUUAUGCAUCAUGAAGGCCACAUGGAUGAUGGUUUAAAUUUAUCUAGAUCUCAGCAUGAAGAGUCACGGACAGCACGAGUCAUCCGGAGCACAGUCUUUCUUUUUAAUAGAUUUAUAAGGGGCCUUGAUGCUCUCAGCAAAAAAGCGAAGCCUUCCACAGUCGACUUACCUAUAGAGUCCGUAAGUCUGAGCCUGCAGGACCUGAUUGGCUACUUCCACCCACCAGAUGAGCAUUUAGAGCACGAAGACAAGCAGAACCGAUUGCGAGCUCUGAAGAAUCGGCAGAAUCUCUUCCAGGAAGAGGGAAUGAUCAACCUCGUGCUCGAGUGCGUAGACAGGCUGCACGUCUACAGCAGCGCGGCACACUUCGCAGAUGUCGCUGGGAGAGAAGCUGGGGAAUCCUGGAAAUCGAUUCUGAAUUCUCUGUAUGAGUUGCUGGCGGCUCUAAUUAGAGGAAAUCGUAAAAACUGUGCUCAAUUUUCUGGCUCCCUUGACUGGUUGAUCAGCCGAUUGGAAAGACUGGAAGCUUCUUCUGGUAUUCUUGAAGUUUUACACUGUGUGUUAGUAGAAAGUCCAGAAGCUCUAAAUAUUAUUAAAGAAGGACAUAUUAAAUCCAUUAUCUCACUUUUAGACAAGCAUGGAAGAAAUCACAAAGUUCUGGACGUCUUAUGCUCCCUCUGUGUUUGCCAUGGAGUAGCAGUCCGUUCUAACCAGCAUCUCAUCUGUGACAAUCUCCUGCCAGGAAGAGAUCUGUUAUUGCAGACACGCCUUGUGAACCAUGUCAGCAGCAUGAGACCCAAUAUUUUCCUGGGCGUCAGUGAAGGGUCUGCUCAGUAUAAGAAAUGGUACUAUGAAUUGAUGGUGGACCACACGGAGCCUUUUGUGACAGCUGAAGCGACUCACCUACGAGUGGGCUGGGCUUCCACGGAAGGGUAUUCUCCCUACCCUGGAGGGGGUGAAGAGUGGGGUGGAAAUGGUGUUGGAGAUGACCUCUUUUCCUAUGGAUUUGAUGGCCUUCAUCUCUGGUCGGGUUGUAUUGCUCGUACUGUAAGCUCACCAAACCAACAUCUGUUGAGAACUGAUGAUGUCAUCAGUUGCUGUUUAGAUCUAAGUGCCCCAAGCAUCUCAUUCCGAAUUAACGGACAACCUGUGCAAGGAAUGUUUGAGAAUUUCAACAUUGAUGGCCUCUUCUUUCCAGUUGUUAGUUUCUCUGCAGGAAUAAAGGUACGCUUUCUGCUUGGGGGGAGACAUGGAGAAUUUAAAUUUCUUCCUCCACCUGGGUAUGCUCCUUGUUAUGAAGCUGUUCUGCCAAAAGAAAAGUUGAAAGUGGAACACAGCCGAGAGUACAAGCAAGAAAGAACGUAUACACGGGACCUCCUGGGCCCCACAGUUUCCCUGACACAAGCCGCCUUCACACCGAUCCCUGUGGAUACCAGCCAGAUCGUGUUGCCUCCUCACCUGGAGAGGAUAAGAGAAAAACUGGCAGAGAAUAUCCAUGAACUCUGGGUUAUGAAUAAAAUUGAACUUGGCUGGCAGUAUGGUCCGGUUAGAGAUGACAAUAAGAGACAACAUCCGUGUCUGGUGGAGUUCUCCAAGCUGCCUGAGCAGGAACGCAAUUACAACUUACAGAUGUCGCUUGAGACCCUGAAGACUUUGUUGGCCUUAGGAUGUCACGUGGGUAUAUCAGAUGAACAUGCGGAAGAAAAGGUGAAAAAAAUGAAGCUACCCAAGAAUUACCAGCUGACAAGUGGAUACAAGCCUGCCCCAAUGGACCUGAGCUUUAUCAAACUCACCCCGUCUCAGGAAGCGAUGGUGGACAAGCUGGCGGAAAAUGCUCAUAAUGUGUGGGCCCGGGAUCGAAUCCGGCAAGGCUGGACUUACGGCAUCCAGCAGGAUGUAAAGAACAGAAGAAACCCUCGCCUUGUUCCCUACGCCCUUCUAGAUGACCGAACCAAGAAGUCAAACAAGGACAGCCUCCGUGAGGCCGUGCGCACGCUGCUGGGGUAUGGCUACAACCUGGAGGCGCCAGAUCAAGACCAUGCGGCCAGAGCUGACAUGUGUAGCGGCACAGGAGAAAGGUUCCGAAUCUUCCGUGCUGAGAAAACCUAUGCUGUGAAGGCAGGAAGAUGGUAUUUCGAAUUCGAGGCUGUCACUGCUGGAGACAUGAGAGUUGGUUGGAGCAGACCAGGUUGUCAACCUGAUCAGGAACUUGGCUCAGAUGAACGUGCCUUUGCUUUUGAUGGCUUCAAGGCUCAACGGUGGCACCAGGGCAAUGAGCACUAUGGGCGCUCUUGGCAAGCAGGCGAUGUUGUGGGGUGUAUGGUUGACAUGACAGAACAUACCAUGAUGUUCACACUGAAUGGCGAAAUCCUUCUUGACGAUUCGGGUUCAGAACUUGCUUUCAAGGACUUUGAUGUUGGUGAUGGAUUCAUACCUGUAUGUAGCCUUGGUGUGGCUCAAGUAGGCAGGAUGAACUUUGGAAAGGAUGUCAGCACCUUGAAAUAUUUCACCAUCUGUGGCUUACAAGAGGGCUAUGAACCAUUUGCUGUUAAUACAAACAGGGAUAUUACCAUGUGGCUAAGCAAGAGGCUGCCUCAAUUUCUCCAAGUUCCAUCAAACCAUGAGCACAUUGAGGUGACCAGGAUAGAUGGCACCAUAGACAGCUCCCCAUGUUUGAAGGUCACCCAGAAAUCCUUUGGUUCUCAGAACAGCAGCACUGAUAUCAUGUUUUAUCGCCUGAGCAUGCCAAUCGAGUGUGCAGAGGUCUUCUCCAAGACUCCGGCGGGAGGGAUCCCCGGUGCCGGCCUCUUCGGUCCCAAGAAUGAUUUGGAGGAUUAUGAUGCAGAUUCUGACUUUGAGGUUCUAAUGAAGACAGCUCAUGGCCAUCUGGUGCCCGAUCGUGUUGACAAAGACAAAGAGGCUACAAAACCAGAGUUUAAUAACCACAAAGAUUAUGCUCAGGAAAAGCCCUCUCGUCUGAAACAAAGAUUUUUGCUUAGAAGAACAAAGCCAGAUUAUAGCACAAGCCAUUCUGCAAGACUCACUGAAGAUGUCCUUGCGGAUGAUCGAGAUGACUAUGAGUACUUGAUGCAAACGUCCACGUACUAUUACUCAGUGAGAAUCUUUCCUGGACAAGAACCUGCUAACGUCUGGGUGGGCUGGAUUACCUCCGAUUUCCAUCAGUAUGAUACAGGCUUUGACUUGGACAGAGUUCGUACAGUAACCGUUACUCUAGGAGAUGAAAAAGGAAAAGUGCAUGAAAGCAUCAAGCGCAGCAACUGCUAUAUGGUGUGUGCGGGCGAGAGCAUGAGCCCCGGGCAAGGCCGCAAUAAUAACGGACUGGAGAUCGGCUGCGUGGUGGACGCCGCCAGCGGGCUGCUCACAUUCACUGCCAAUGGCAAAGAAUUGAGCACAUACUACCAGGUGGAGCCAAGUACAAAAUUAUUUCCUGCAGUUUUUGCACAAGCUACAAGUCCCAAUGUUUUUCAGUUUGAAUUGGGAAGAAUAAAGAAUGUGAUGCCUCUCUCCGCGGGACUAUUCAAGAGCGAGCACAAAAACCCAGUGCCGCAGUGCCCCCCACGUCUCCACGUGCAAUUUCUAUCACAUGUCCUGUGGAGCAGAAUGCCCAACCAGUUCUUGAAGGUAGAUGUCUCUCGAAUAAGUGAACGCCAAGGCUGGCUGGUGCAGUGUUUGGAUCCUCUUCAGUUCAUGUCUCUUCAUAUCCCAGAGGAGAACAGGUCUGUCGACAUAUUAGAAUUGACAGAGCAGGAAGAGCUGCUGAAAUUCCACUAUCACACCCUCCGGCUCUACUCUGCUGUCUGUGCUCUUGGGAACCACCGGGUGGCCCACGCCCUGUGCAGCCACGUGGAUGAACCUCAGCUCCUCUAUGCCAUCGAAAACAAGUACAUGCCUGGUUUGCUGCGUGCCGGCUACUAUGACCUGCUGAUUGACAUCCACCUUAGCUCCUAUGCCACUGCCAGGCUCAUGAUGAACAGUGAGUUCAUCGUGCCCAUGACGGAGGAAACAAAGAGCAUCACCCUUUUCCCUGAUGAGAACAAAAAGCAUGGCCUCCCAGGAAUUGGCCUCAGCACCUCCCUCAGGCCACGGAUGCAAUUUUCUUCCCCCAGUUUUGUAAGCAUUAAUAAUGAAUGUUACCAGUACAGUCCCGAGUUCCCGCUGGACAUCCUAAAGGCCAAAACCAUACAGAUGCUGACAGAAGCUGUUAAACAGGGCAGCCUUCAUGCCCGGGACCCAGUUGGGGGGACCACUGAAUUCCUCUUUGUACCUCUCAUCAAGCUUUUCUAUACCCUGCUCAUCAUGGGGAUCUUCCACAAUGAGGACUUGAAACACAUCUUACAGUUGAUUGAGCCCAGUGUGUUCAAGGAAGCUGCCUCUCCAGAGGAAGAGAGUGAAGCGCUUGAGAAAGAGCCCUGUGCAGAAGACUCAAAGCUGGAAGGAGCUGGUGAAGAAGAAGCCAAAGGGGGCAAGAGGCCCAAGGAAGGCCUGCUCCAAAUGAAGCUGCCUGAGCCAGUUAAAUUGCAGAUGUGCCUGCUACUUCAAUACCUCUGUGACUGCCAGGUCCGACACCGGAUAGAAGCCAUUGUGGCCUUUUCAGAUGACUUUGUAGCUAAGCUCCAAGACAAUCAACGCUUCCGAUAUAAUGAAGUUAUGCAAGCCUUAAACAUGUCGGCAGCACUCACGGCCAGGAAAACAAAGGAAUUUAGGUCACCACCUCAAGAACAGAUCAAUAUGCUCCUCAAUUUUAAGGAUGACAAAAGUGAAUGUCCAUGUCCUGAAGAAAUCCGAGACCAACUCUUGGAUUUUCAUGAAGAUUUGAUGACACAUUGUGGAAUUGAGCUUGAUGAAGAUGGGUCUCUGGAUGGAAACAGUGAUUUAACGAUUAGAGGACGCCUGCUGUCCUUGGUAGAAAAGGUGACAUACCUGAAGAAGAAACAAGCUGAAAAACCAGUUGAGAGUGACUCCAAGAAGUCCUCCACUCUUCAACAGUUGAUUUCUGAGACCAUGGUCCGAUGGGCUCAAGAGUCUGUCAUUGAAGACCCUGAGUUGGUGAGGGCCAUGUUUGUGUUGCUCCAUCGACAGUAUGAUGGCAUUGGGGGUCUGGUUCGGGCUCUGCCAAAGACUUAUACUAUAAAUGGUGUUUCCGUGGAGGAUACCAUCAACCUGCUGGCAUCUCUUGGUCAGAUUCGUUCUCUGCUGAGUGUGAGAAUGGGCAAAGAAGAAGAGAAGCUUAUGAUUCGUGGAUUAGGGGAUAUCAUGAAUAAUAAAGUGUUCUACCAGCACCCUAAUCUCAUGAGGGCACUUGGGAUGCAUGAGACAGUGAUGGAGGUCAUGGUGAACGUCCUUGGAGGUGGGGAGUCCAAGGAAAUCACUUUUCCCAAGAUGGUGGCCAACUGUUGCCGGUUUCUCUGCUACUUCUGUCGCAUCAGUAGGCAGAAUCAAAAAGCUAUGUUUGAUCAUCUCAGUUAUUUGUUGGAAAACAGCAGCGUUGGUCUCGCCUCGCCAGCUAUGAGAGGUUCCACACCGUUGGAUGUGGCAGCAGCCUCGGUGAUGGAUAAUAACGAACUGGCCUUAGCUUUGCGUGAGCCAGAUCUGGAAAAGGUAGUUCGAUAUUUGGCUGGUUGUGGACUGCAAAGCUGCCAGAUGCUGGUGUCUAAGGGUUAUCCCGACAUUGGGUGGAAUCCAGUUGAAGGAGAGAGAUAUCUUGACUUUCUCAGAUUUGCUGUCUUCUGUAAUGGGGAGAGUGUGGAAGAGAAUGCAAAUGUUGUGGUGAGACUGCUCAUCCGGAGGCCUGAGUGUUUUGGUCCUGCUUUGAGAGGGGAAGGUGGAAAUGGACUUCUUGCAGUCAUGGAAGAGGCCAUAAAAAUAGCCGAAGAUCCCUCCCGAGACGGUCCCUCACCAACUAGCGGAUCCAGUAAAACCCCUGAUACAGAAGAGGAGGAAGAUGACACUAUCCACAUGGGGAAUGCCAUCAUGACCUUUUAUUCAGCCUUGAUUGACCUUUUAGGACGCUGUGCUCCUGAAAUGCAUUUGAUUCAUGCUGGUAAAGGAGAAGCCAUCAGAAUCAGGUCUAUUUUGAGAUCCCUAAUUCCACUGGGAGAUUUGGUGGGAGUAAUCAGCAUCGCUUUUCAGAUGCCAACAAUAGCCAAAGAUGGGAAUGUGGUGGAGCCUGACAUGUCUGCGGGGUUUUGCCCAGAUCACAAGGCAGCCAUGGUUUUGUUCCUUGACAGGGUCUAUGGAAUUGAGGUUCAAGAUUUCCUCCUCCAUCUUCUAGAGGUUGGCUUUCUGCCAGAUCUCCGGGCUGCUGCUUCUUUAGAUACGGCUGCUUUGAGUGCUACAGACAUGGCCUUGGCCCUCAAUCGGUACCUUUGCACAGCCGUGUUGCCUUUGUUAACGAGAUGUGCUCCUCUUUUUGCUGGCACAGAGCACCAUGCUUCCCUCAUUGACUCGUUACUUCAUACUGUGUAUAGACUUUCUAAGGGCUGCUCACUUACCAAAGCUCAACGUGAUUCCAUAGAAGUUUGUUUACUCUCUAUUUGUGGCCAAUUGAGACCUUCUAUGAUGCAGCACUUACUCAGAAGAUUAGUAUUUGAUGUCCCGUUAUUAAAUGAACACGCGAAGAUGCCUCUUAAGCUGCUGACAAAUCAUUAUGAAAGAUGCUGGAAAUAUUACUGCCUGCCUGGAGGAUGGGGGAACUUUGGAGCUGCCUCGGAAGAAGAGCUUCAUUUAUCAAGAAAGUUGUUCUGGGGCAUUUUUGACGCCCUUUCUCAAAAGAAAUAUGAGCAAGAACUUUUCAAACUGGCACUGCCUUGCCUGAGCGCAGUUGCGGGAGCUUUGCCUCCAGACUACAUGGAGUCAAAUUAUGUCAGUAUGAUGGAAAAACAGUCAUCAAUGGAUUCUGAAGGGAACUUUAACCCACAACCUGUUGAUACCUCAAAUAUUACAAUUCCUGAGAAGUUGGAAUACUUCAUUAACAAAUAUGCGGAACAUUCCCAUGACAGAUGGUCAAUGGACAAGUUGGCAAAUGGAUGGAUUUAUGGAGAAAUAUAUUCAGACUCAUCUAAAGUUCAACCAUUAAUGAAGCCAUAUAAACUAUUAUCUGAAAAGGAAAAAGAAAUUUAUCGCUGGCCAAUCAAAGAAUCUUUAAAAACGAUGCUGGCUUGGGGUUGGAGAAUUGAAAGAACGCGGGAGGGAGACAGCAUGGCCCUUUAUAACCGGACUCGUCGUAUUUCUCAGACAAGCCAGGUUUCUAUAGAUGCUGCCCAUGGUUAUAGCCCCCGAGCCAUUGACAUGAGCAAUGUCACGCUAUCCAGAGACUUGCAUGCUAUGGCAGAAAUGAUGGCCGAAAACUACCAUAAUAUAUGGGCAAAGAAAAAGAAACUGGAACUGGAGUCCAAAGGUGGUGGAAACCACCCCCUGCUGGUACCCUAUGAUACACUGACAGCCAAAGAGAAAGCCAAGGACAGGGAAAAAGCACAGGACAUCCUCAAGUUCUUGCAGAUCAAUGGAUAUGCUGUAUCCAGAGGAUUCAAGGACCUGGAAUUGGACACACCUUCUAUCGAGAAACGAUUUGCCUAUAGUUUCCUUCAGCAGCUCAUUCGCUAUGUGGAUGAAGCUCAUCAGUAUAUCCUGGAGUUUGAUGGUGGCAGCAGAAGCAAAGGAGAACAUUUCCCUUAUGAACAAGAAAUCAAGUUCUUUGCUAAAGUCGUUCUUCCUUUAAUUGAUCAAUAUUUCAAAAACCAUCGUUUAUACUUCUUAUCUGCAGCAAGCAGACCUCUCUGUUCUGGAGGACAUGCAUCAAACAAAGAGAAAGAAAUGGUGACUAGCCUAUUCUGCAAACUUGGAGUUCUUGUCAGGCAUAGGAUUUCACUAUUUGGAAAUGAUGCAACAUCAAUUGUCAACUGUCUUCAUAUUUUGGGUCAGACUUUGGAUGCAAGAACUGUAAUGAAGACUGGCCUGGAGAGUGUUAAAAGUGCACUCAGAGCUUUUCUGGACAAUGCUGCAGAGGAUCUGGAGAAGACGAUGGAGAAUCUUAAGCAGGGCCAGUUCACCCACACCCGAAACCAACCCAAAGGUGUUACUCAGAUUAUCAAUUAUACCACGGUGGCACUGUUACCAAUGCUGUCAUCAUUAUUUGAGCAUAUUGGCCAGCAUCAGUUCGGAGAAGAUCUAAUAUUGGAAGAUGUACAGGUGUCAUGUUAUAGAAUUCUGACUAGCUUAUAUGCUUUGGGAACCAGCAAGAGUAUUUAUGUGGAAAGGCAACGUUCUGCAUUAGGAGAGUGUCUGGCUGCCUUUGCUGGUGCCUUUCCUGUAGCAUUUUUGGAAACUCAUCUCGACAAACAUAAUAUUUACUCUAUCUACAACACUAAGUCUUCACGAGAAAGAGCAGCUCUCAGUUUGCCAACUAAUGUGGAAGAUGUUUGUCCAAAUAUACCAUCUUUGGAGAAACUCAUGGAAGAAAUCGUGGAGUUAGCCGAGUCUGGUAUUCGCUACACGCAAAUGCCACAUGUCAUGGAAGUCAUACUGCCCAUGCUUUGUAGCUACAUGUCUCGUUGGUGGGAGCACGGACCUGAAAACAAUCCAGAAAGGGCUGAAAUGUGCUGUACAGCUCUGAACUCAGAGCACAUGAACACACUUCUGGGGAAUAUAUUGAAAAUCAUAUAUAAUAACUUGGGAAUUGAUGAGGGAGCCUGGAUGAAGAGAUUAGCAGUAUUUUCCCAGCCUAUUAUAAAUAAAGUGAAACCUCAGCUCUUGAAAACUCAUUUCUUGCCAUUAAUGGAGAAACUCAAGAAAAAGGCAGCAAUGGUGGUAUCUGAGGAAGACCAUCUGAAAGCCGAGGCCAGGGGGGAUAUGUCCGAGGCUGAACUACUCAUUCUAGAUGAGUUCACUACUCUGGCCAGAGAUCUCUAUGCCUUCUACCCACUCUUGAUUAGAUUUGUGGACUAUAACAGGGCAAAGUGGCUAAAAGAGCCUAACCCAGAAGCAGAGGACCUUUUCCGCAUGGUGGCCGAAGUGUUUAUCUACUGGUCAAAAUCCCACAAUUUCAAAAGAGAAGAGCAGAACUUCGUGGUACAGAAUGAAAUCAACAAUAUGUCUUUCCUUAUUACUGAUACCAAAUCAAAGAUGUCAAAGGCAGCUGUUUCUGAUCAGGAAAGGAAGAAAAUGAAGCGCAAAGGAGAUCGAUAUUCCAUGCAGACCUCUCUUAUUGUAGCAGCGCUGAAGCGAUUACUGCCCAUUGGGUUGAACAUUUGUGCCCCUGGGGACCAGGAGCUCAUUGCUCUGGCCAAAAAUCGAUUUAGUAUGAAAGACACUGAGGAUGAAGUACGAGAUAUAAUCCGCAAUAAUAUUCAUUUACAAGGCAAGUUGGAGGAUCCUGCUAUUAGAUGGCAAAUGGCUCUUUACAAAGACUUACCAAACAGGACUGAAGAUACUUCAGAUCCUGAGAAGACAGUAGAAAGAGUAUUGGAUAUAGCAAAUGUGCUUUUUCAUCUUGAACAGGUGGAACAUCCUCAGAGAUCUAAAAAGGCUGUAUGGCACAAGCUGCUCUCUAAGCAAAGGAAAAGGGCAGUGGUAGCCUGCUUCCGAAUGGCUCCUUUGUAUAAUCUGCCAAGGCAUCGGGCUGUCAAUCUCUUUCUUCAAGGAUAUGAAAAGUCUUGGAUUGAAACGGAAGAACAUUACUUUGAAGACAAGUUGAUAGAAGAUUUAGCAAAACCUGGAGCAGAACCUCCAGAAGAAGAUGAAGGCACUAAGAGAGUUGAUCCUCUACAUCAGCUGAUCCUUCUGUUUAGUCGAACAGCUUUAACAGAGAAAUGCAAACUGGAGGAAGAUUUUUUAUAUAUGGCUUAUGCAGAUAUUAUGGCAAAGAGUUGUCAUGAUGAGGAAGAUGAUGAUGGUGAAGAGGAAGUGAAGAGUUUUGAAGAAAAAGAAAUGGAAAAGCAAAAGCUUCUAUACCAACAAGCCAGGCUCCACGACCGCGGUGCUGCCGAGAUGGUGCUGCAGACCAUCAGUGCCAGCAAAGGUGAAACUGGACCAAUGGUAGCUGCUACUUUGAAGCUUGGAAUUGCUAUCUUAAAUGGUGGGAACUCUACAGUACAGCAGAAAAUGCUUGACUACCUCAAGGAGAAAAAGGAUGUGGGCUUCUUUCAGAGCCUUGCUGGCCUGAUGCAGUCAUGUAGCGUCCUUGACCUAAAUGCAUUUGAGCGACAAAACAAAGCUGAAGGACUUGGAAUGGUGACAGAGGAAGGAUCAGGAGAAAAGGUUCUGCAGGAUGACGAGUUCACCUGUGACCUCUUCCGCUUCCUGCAGCUGCUUUGUGAGGGACACAACUCAGAUUUUCAGAAUUAUCUGAGAACUCAGACUGGCAAUAAUACUACUGUCAACAUAAUCAUCUCGACUGUAGACUACCUACUGAGGGUGCAGGAAUCAAUUAGUGAUUUCUAUUGGUAUUACUCUGGGAAAGAUGUUAUUGAUGAACAAGGACAACGGAAUUUCUCCAAAGCAAUUCAAGUAGCAAAACAAGUCUUUAACACUCUCACAGAGUAUAUUCAGGGUCCUUGCACUGGCAAUCAGCAGAGUUUGGCCCACAGCAGGCUAUGGGAUGCAGUGGUGGGUUUUCUUCAUGUAUUUGCCCACAUGCAGAUGAAGCUGUCUCAGGAUUCCAGUCAAAUUGAGCUAUUAAAAGAAUUAAUGGAUCUUCAGAAGGAUAUGGUGGUCAUGUUGCUGUCCAUGUUAGAAGGUAAUGUUGUUAAUGGAACCAUCGGCAAGCAGAUGGUUGAUAUGCUUGUGGAAUCCUCCAACAACGUGGAGAUGAUUCUCAAAUUUUUUGACAUGUUCUUAAAACUAAAGGAUUUGACAUCUUCUGAUACAUUUAAAGAAUAUGACCCUGAUGGCAAAGGAGUCAUUUCCAAGAGGGACUUCCAUAAAGCAAUGGAGAGCCAUAAGCACUACACUCAAUCAGAAACCGAGUUUCUUCUGUCCUGCGCAGAGACAGAUGAAAAUGAAACCCUUGACUAUGAAGAAUUUGUCAAACGGUUCCACGAACCUGCAAAGGACAUCGGCUUCAACGUUGCUGUUCUUCUGACCAAUCUUUCUGAACACAUGCCCAAUGAUACUCGACUGCAGACUUUCCUGGAAUUAGCAGAGAGUGUGCUGAAUUACUUCCAGCCCUUCCUGGGCCGCAUCGAGAUCAUGGGCAGUGCCAAACGCAUUGAGAGGGUUUAUUUUGAAAUCAGUGAGUCCAGCCGAACCCAGUGGGAGAAGCCCCAGGUCAAGGAGUCCAAGAGGCAGUUCAUAUUUGAUGUGGUCAACGAAGGGGGAGAGAAAGAGAAAAUGGAACUCUUUGUCAACUUCUGUGAGGACACCAUAUUUGAAAUGCAGCUGGCGGCUCAGAUCUCAGAGUCAGAUUUGAACGAGAGAUCAGCGAAUAAAGAAGAAAGUGAGAAGGAGAAGCCCGAAGAGCAGGGUCCGAAAAUGGGUUUCUUUUCCAUUCUGACAGUCAAGUCGGCCCUGUUUGCUCUCAGGUAUAAUAUCUUGACCCUGAUGCGCAUGCUCAGCCUAAAGAGCCUGAAGAAACAGAUGAAGAAAGUGAAGAAGAUGACUGUGAAGGACAUGGUCACAGCCUUCUUUUCAUCCUACUGGAGUAUUUUUAUGAGCCUCUUGCACUUUGUGGCCAGCGUUUUCAGAGGCUUUUCCCGCAUCAUCUGUAGCCUGCUGCUGGGAGGAAGCCUGGUAGAAGGCGCGAAGAAGAUCAAAGUGGCAGAGCUCUUAGCCAACAUGCCAGACCCCACUCAGGACGAGGUGAGAGGAGAUGGAGAGGAGGGGGAGAGGAAACCCAUGGAAACAGCCCUGGCCUCGGAAGAUCUCACAGAUUUAAAGGAACUGACAGAGGAAAGUGACCUUCUUUCGGACAUAUUUGGCUUGGAUCUGAAGAGAGAAGGAGGACAGUACAAACUCAUUCCUCACAAUCCAAAUGCCGGCCUCAGUGACCUCAUGAGCAACCCAGUCCCCAUUCCCGAGGUGCAAGAGAAAUUUCAGGAACAGAAGGCAAAAGAAGAAGAAAAGGAAGAAAAAGAAGAAAACAAAUCCGAACCUGAAAAAGCUGAGGGAGAAGAUGGAGAAAAAGAAGAAAAAAACAAAGAAGACAAGGGUAAACAAAAAUUGAGGCAGCUCCACACACAUCGAUAUGGAGAGCCAGAAGUUCCUGAGUCAGCAUUCUGGAAGAAAAUCAUAGCUUAUCAACAGAAACUUCUAAACUAUUUUGCUCGCAACUUUUACAACAUGAGAAUGUUGGCCUUAUUUGUCGCAUUUGCAAUCAAUUUCAUCUUGCUUUUUUAUAAGGUCUCCACUUCUUCUGUGGUUGAAGGAAAGGAGCUCCCCACUCGCAGUUCAAGUGAAAAUGCCAGAGUUAGCAGCCUGGACAGCGGCUCGCCUCGAAUCAUCGCAGUUCACUAUGUUCUGGAGGAGAGCAGCGGCUACAUGGAGCCCACGUUGCGUAUCUUAGCUAUUCUCCACACAGUCAUUUCUUUCUUCUGCAUCAUAGGAUACUACUGCUUGAAAGUCCCAUUGGUUAUUUUUAAACGAGAAAAAGAAGUAGCUCGAAAAUUGGAAUUUGAUGGGCUUUAUAUUACAGAACAGCCUUCUGAAGAUGAUAUUAAAGGCCAGUGGGAUAGACUGGUAAUCAACACACAGUCGUUUCCCAACAACUACUGGGACAAAUUUGUUAAAAGAAAGGUUAUGGAUAAAUACGGGGAGUUCUAUGGCCGAGAUAGAAUCAGCGAGUUACUUGGCAUGGACAAAGCUGCUCUGGACUUCAGUGACGCCCGGGAAAAGAAGAAGCCAAAGAAAGACAGCUCCCUAUCAGCUGUAUUGAACUCUAUUGAUGUGAAGUAUCAGAUGUGGAAACUAGGAGUCGUUUUCACUGACAACUCCUUCCUCUACCUCGCCUGGUAUAUGACUAUGUCCAUUCUUGGACACUAUAACAACUUUUUUUUUGCUGCUCAUCUUCUUGACAUUGCUAUGGGAUUCAAGACGUUAAGAACCAUCUUGUCAUCAGUAACUCACAAUGGCAAACAGCUUGUGUUAACUGUCGGCUUAUUAGCUGUCGUCGUGUACCUAUAUACUGUUGUAGCGUUCAACUUCUUCCGAAAAUUCUACAAUAAAAGUGAAGAUGGUGAUACGCCAGAUAUGAAAUGUGAUGACAUGCUAACGUGCUAUAUGUUCCACAUGUAUGUUGGGGUACGUGCUGGAGGGGGUAUCGGUGAUGAAAUCGAAGACCCAGCAGGUGACGAAUAUGAGAUCUAUCGAAUCAUCUUUGACAUCACCUUCUUCUUCUUCGUAAUUGUCAUUCUCUUGGCCAUAAUACAAGGUUUAAUUAUUGACGCUUUUGGAGAACUAAGAGACCAACAGGAGCAAGUCAAAGAAGACAUGGAGACCAAAUGCUUCAUCUGUGGGAUAGGCAAUGAUUACUUCGACACAGUGCCACAUGGCUUUGAAACCCACACUUUACAGGAACACAACUUGGCCAAUUACCUGUUUUUUCUGAUGUAUCUCAUAAACAAAGAUGAAACAGAACACACAGGACAGGAAUCUUAUGUCUGGAAGAUGUAUCAAGAAAGAUGCUGGGAAUUUUUCCCAGCAGGAGAUUGCUUCCGGAAACAGUAUGAAGACCAGCUGAAUUAAGCUCCGACCCAGAUCACCUCCAAAAACCAAAACAUACACACUUUCUCUCUCUCUGUGUCUCUCUGACUCUCUCUCUCUCUCGCUGCUCUCUUGGAAACAUCUUGCUGAUUUUGUGAAUGGCCAGCAUUAUAUGCUUUCUGAGAGCAGUGAAGCUGUUUCUGAAGACCUGACUGUGUUUUCCCCCCUACCUUGUGUAUUUUCUUUGAGAAUAAAGACUGAAGAAUAAUCUAAAUUCAUACCCAGACAAAAUAGGAACUCUGGAAAGAAAACCAUUCCGGACACUCUCAAUCAUAACACAGACAGACAGAUUUCCUUCUGAGACUCCUGGAAGUCCCCCUGAGCUACGGGACAUUCACAGACAAGCCUGGCAGUCACACUCAUCCAGCCUCUUUAGUUCACCAUCCUGAAAGGAACCCUCUAAUGGUCGCAGAGCACUGUAGCACUUAACAGACUGCCGUGGACACCAGUUACGAAAGGAAAUAGUGCCUUACUCUACGUGGGUUGAGCUAUGCAGAAGAUAUGUGCAUGAAAAAUCAUCUUCAUUUUCUUUGUGUCGACCUUUGUUUUUCUUUGAUUGAUUUUGUGAGGUUUUUUUCUUUUAUUCUUUUCUUUGAUGGGGGAGGGUAAGAAAAGCAGUUUGUGUGCACCAUUUUAAAAAGACGGGUGGCCUGUCUCAGGACGAGAGGAGGCUCUUCUCAUUCAGUUAAUUCACAUUGACCCUCCCCCUGCGCUCUUGCUGUUAUUUUGGUAAUGCUCUGAUGCAACAUUGCGACUUUAUGAAAUCUUUGUAUGAAAACAAAAAGACUGCAAAAAAUACACUUUCAAGAGAAAUAAUUCAUCGCAUGUUUAUUAUGCAAGUGUAAACAAACAAAGAAAACCUUCAGAAGCAAGUUGAUAAACAUGAGAGAACUUUCACGGUAAUUAUACUCAUAGUGAUAAAGUGUCGUGGGCUUAAUUGUAUCUUUGGAGCCAGUGUCAUCCACCAACGAUACAUUGUCAACUUGACAGUAGUUUUGGGUUUUCUCUUUCUUUCGGCCACCUGUGAUCGGUUGUGAUUAAGGACUUCUUGUCAGGCCAUUUUUUAAUCUCAGCGCUGAAGCAAUAUCCAUUCAGGGAUUUCAUGAGUUGCAUCAAAAAACAGGGAUGAUGAUAUCGGUCGCUCCAUCUUGAGUCCUUUUAAAUGUAACGCUAAUCUUUACAAAUAAAAAGACAGAUUCAGAAUGGAAGCAAGGUCAUUUUGCAAACAUUGGAGCUCUUUUAUUACAAGUCUGCUUGUUAAUUUUAGAAUUGUAAAACUGCUCUGAUUAAACUAUUUAACUAACUUUCUCACCCUCUUCUUUCUCCAUUCCACUUAUA